AUGCGUGCCUCUGCCAUUGUCGCCACAGCUGCCGCCAUUGCCAGUACGGCAUACGCUGCCCCUAGCGCCACCAUCUUUGUCGAGACGAAGGGCGUAGCUGGCGGUGGUUUCGGGAAUGUGAGCAUCACCGUGCCUAUUGACACUGUCUACACCAACCAGAAGGCUUUGUCCCAGGUUGGGACGCUGUACCUGACGGCGGCCGACGGUGUCCCCGUGCAAAGCGUUACCUGCACGCCGUACCAGGGUACAGACGGCACCGGCUCGGGUGGCAAGCCCUUCACUUUCGGCACUCCAUCGCGAUUGUCCACCAAUGUCGUUCAGGUUGGCAGCAUUGUCUGCAAGUUGACUAGCUCGACGACCUCCAUCGGUGGGACAACCACCAGCGCUGGGAUAACUUUACCAGCUCCCACCACCACCCCUUUCGCCAAUCCCGACGCCACUGACCGUCCCGCGGCGACUGGCACUGGUACCGGAUCCACGGGCAGCGGUUCUGGCGGUAAUGGCAAUGGCAAUGCUGGCACCACGCUCGCAACUACCGCCACAACUGCAACGGCCUCGACUCCCUCGGACACCUCCACCCCGGCCAAGGGCGGUGCCAUCGGCCGCGACCUCCCUGACAUGUCGGCACUUGUCUUGGGAGCAGUUGGUCUUAUCUUCGCCAUGUAA